AUUCCUGCAACUCGUACUGUGCGCCUGCACCAUCGCGUUCAUGCUCGGCCUCUCGACGCAGUACCCGCGCGGCCCCGAGCUCUUCCCCUCCCUCGAGGAGCAGCUCGUAAAGGAGCAGGACCGCGUGCGCUCCAUCAGCCUCUUGCGGAGCCGCGCGCACGACCAGCUCGUGCUGCUCCAGAGCGCGGAGGAGAAGAAGCAGGCCAAGGAGGCGGCGGCGCGCGGCGAGGAGCUGCGGUCGCUGCGCGGGGAGCUCGACGCGGAGCGGAGGCGGGCCGCGGAGCGGGAUGCGGAGCACCAGCAGUCGCUCGACGCUGCCAAGGCCACCGGCCACCAGGAGCUCUUGCGGCGAGAGCAGGCGCUGCAGGCGCUGCAGGCGGAGCUCUCGGGCGUGCGCGAGCAGCUGGUGCUCGAGAGGGCGCGGGCGCACGACGCGGACGUGAAGCGGCGCGAGGCGCUCAAGCGGCACGCGAGCGAGCAGCAGGUGUCGCAGCGGGCGCUCUCCAUGGCGACACAGCAGCUGAGCGCCGCCACGAGCGCGAGUGUCGCCAAGCGGACUCGGCGAGCGACCGCGCGCGCGCAGAUCGCGGAGCAGUUGCAGGCGCUCCAGGCGCAGUCCAAGGAACUCGAGGCGCUCGCCGCAAAGUUUGAGGGCACCGCGUAGCCGGUGGCGCGGCGGGCCGCGGCCGGCCCGCGCUCCCUUUUAGGUAUUAGCGGGCCAGUGAAUAUUGCUUUCUGGGCUCAGCAGCAACGUCCACGAGCACGACGAGCGGCGCGAGUGUCGAGAGAGAGAGAGAGAUGAAUAAAUUAAACGGCGUCAAGCUCUGUCCUCUGCGAGAGACCAUGAUUGUCGUGGACCUCGAGAGAGAGAGCGGCGCAGAGCGCGCCGAAGGCCGAUGCGUGAGCCGUGUAUUGAAUUUUAUGUAUUAGAAAAAAGAUCGCAGAGCGCCGCGGCGUGUGU